UCCACAGGAGAGCUCAUUGGUCAUCGUCGAGGGUCGACAAUCCAUCUAGUCGUACAUUAUUGUGUAGGGCGACAAUUGACCAACGAAAGUUUCGAUCUAUCCUACUUGUCCUACGUAGCUACUUGUCAGCUUUAGAGGACAGGAUCGGAAAGUGUUCUUUGUCAAUGUCGUUGUAUGAAAUAGUUUUCAUUUCUUCGAGACCCUUGCACGAGGAAGAAAGGGCAACAACUGGGAACCAACCGAACGGGAUCAUUUCACGGAGAUUUCCAAACCUUGAAAAUAGAAAUUACCACAUCGUUGCGUAAGGGUCAGACAAUAACCAUUGACCAUUCAUCGCCAGAUCUGGGUUGUGAAACACAUCCAAACAUUGCCCAAUUGCACAAAAACCCGACCCUGUAACAUCCACCAUGCCAAGUGGGUUCUGGUCCAGAGUAAUUUCGUACUCGAACGGAUAUCCUGAAGAUGACGAUCCUCAUCACACGAAUCAACCAAUGCCUUACCAACACCAGCCAACGUAUUCAAGGUCGCAUCCCAAUAUGCCCGAUCCGGAAUUCAGUCCCUUCUCGGGUCAGCCUGGAUACCUCAAUGAGUCGCAUAGUUAUGAUCCAGCACAGUUUGACCCUUCUGCUCCUCAAGGAGAUAAGUUGGAAUUCAAGUAUGAAGGACCCGUACAGACCUAUCAACAACGGGGUUAUCCAUUGGCCAUUCCAGAUGCUUCGUCUUUUCAAACCCCGGAAAUAGUGGCCCUGCCCAUAAAUGGGAAUCCCGUUGAAUAUGCAAUGAACCCAUCUCAGGUCAUGAGUGCGGUCUCACCAUUUGAGGACGAUAUGAAGCCUGAAAUUCAAGGCAAGGGUCAGCAAGGUUCGUGGUACUUGAACAAUCAAUCCCUUGGGAACAACUUGGAUUACAAUCGGAACUACUGGCAAACUCAGGCGCAACCUCUCUCCCAACCUAAUCCGAGUGAGUUGUGCACGAAGUCCAAUAAUGCUUAUCAAGAGUUGGCAAUUUCGCAGGAAUUCGCUCACGAACGACAUCGCAAGUCAUCUGAAGAACCGCUCAAUCUCUCCGCCCUUCCCAAUUUGGAUCAAGCACAUGGAACGGUACCUUACCGUCAAAGCCAACCAAUGUCUCUACCCGAUCCCACCCACAUGAACGACUUCUACGAAAACGGGCCAAAAUUCUCUUCAAAUAACAAUCAUCAUCUUCAAGACUCAAACGUGUUGGACCAUCAUCAUCCUCAUCACCAUCAUCUACGGAACAAACAUUUCCUCACUCCUUAUUGCGAUGAACAUGAACGGCACCUGGUCACUCCAGGGCUUGGACACUCGAGCAAGAUGGCUUCAACCGCCAACCAUGUCAAAGGCCCGAAGGAAAAGACCAUGCAAUACAUGCUUCGUAGAGAGCGGAAUAACAUCGCGGUCCGCAAAUCGAGGGAGAAGGCCAAGAGGAGCUUUGAGGAACUGGUGAGGAAGGAAAAGUUUUUGAAGGAGAGGAACGCCUCAUUGGAGCUCAAACUCGCCAAGUUGAGCAGAGAUGUGAUUAAAUUAAGAGGCUAUUACCGAUCCCUGAAAGAGGCUGGCAUGGUCAACUGACGCAGAGAACAGUAUGGAGAGUACAAUCAUUGACCCGUCUUGAUCUGUGUUAAUUGAUAUUGUUUAUGAGAGCUUCUUGUGAUAUUAUAAUGAUUGAGGUUGAAACACGAAACAUACUUGAAACUACCCCCU